CUAGCCCUCGGUGUCCCUAUGGAAAAGUUGGCCCCUGCUCGCCCACCGCGCAAGACCUGCAAGCGGCGUGCCCAUGAGUUCUGGAAGUCCUCUCCUGUGUCUUUACGAGGUGUGAUCAUAACUAUGGCGAAUGCUGCUGCCCUUGUAUCGUAUAGAUGGUGGACAGCCUGGGCUGCACCUGAACUGCCGUGGGUCAGAAUGCUGGAACUGGCUUUCUUCAGUCAUCUCCGCUGGUUUCCCUGGCUUCUUUCUUACAAGACUGCUCAGAAGCCCAUCUGGACUUCCACCAUCGGAGAAGGCCACAAAGGUGGCAACAUCAAAAGCUGCCAUGUCUUGGUAUUCUCAUCCAGUAUAUGCAAGAUACUGGCAACAUUACCAUCAAGCAAUGGCUUGGAUGCGAAACCACCAGGUUGCCUACAGGAAGGCUGUGGAAGCCUAUUUCAGUUUCCCAAGGUACUUCUCAAAUGCACCCCAAAGCUCUUAUGAUAACAAUGCUGGAUCUCCUCAGUCCUACUAUGGCCAUCGCAUGGCCUGGCAGGACUCCCACUGCAGUUAUUCCCAUGACGGAAGGGCUGAGCAGCCUCCCUGUGACAGUGGUAGGAUGCAGCCCUCCACAAGAGCAGACCGAGCUUUGUUGGAAAAAGAGGAGGUCGAGACAGAGUCCGAUGACGAGGUAGAAUGUGACCUGAGCAAUAUGGAAAUCACCGACGAGCUCCGCCAGUACUUUGCAGUGACCGAGAAGCACAGAGAAGAGCGACGGCGCCAGCAGCAGCUAGAGGCGGAGCGCCUGGAAGAAUACGUGAACGCCGACCAUGACUUGUACUACAACAACCGCAGGACCGUGAAGGCCCCAACGGAGAGGCCGGGUGAGCUGCGCCAGGCUGAGAUGAAGCGCUUGUAUGGGGAUGGCGCCCCCAAGAUCCUGGCCAUGGAGACCGCAGUGCAGCUGAGCUUUGACAAGCACUGUGACAGAAAGCACCCCAAGUACUGGCCUGUCAUUCCCUUGAAGUUCUGAGCCUUGGGCACAAGGCCCCCAGGGAAUGCUUCCCGAACAGUCCCCAGCCUCACCCCUUCCUUUUUUAAAAAAUAAACAGUUUUCAUCUCUCCUGUGCAU